GGUUUAAUUGUUUGUGUUAUUUAAAAAAUGAAAUUGUUUUAUUUUUUAUUACAUUUUUAAUUAAUAUACUGUUUGCUGCAAAGAAAUUCUAUAAAAAUGGUUUUGAAAAUCUUGUGCAAAUGUACAGUUAAAAAAAACUGCUCAGUCCCUACUGUCAUGUUCCUCAACAUGAUGAACUUUAGUUCAUCAACAGAUAAGAGGGGUGACACGGGGUUAGAUGAAAUGUUGGGUCAUUCCUAUACAUGAGGUGUAGUAGGACGUGACUGCGGUCAGCAUGUGAACCUGUGUCCAGCAGGACAGAGGUAUCAGAGAGAGGCGGCUUGUUUUGAUGGGCCCUUAGCAAAUCAGAUUCUCCACAUACUAUCAUGAAGACCAAUGACCAUUUCGACUCAUUGCAAAACACAAAACAGGUAAACGACCCAGCCUCGCUAACAAAACCCUCUGCUCGUGCCAAAACCAUCUAAACUCCUGGAGCAGCAGUGAGUUCAGUUACAGUCAUGGCCAGUAUCUCAAAUCAGAAUGUCGAGUUUGUGAGGACCGGCUAUGGGAAGAACACAGUGAAAGUUUUUCACAUUCGCCGUGAAGGGACUCACCAUCAUAUCACUGAGCUGGUGGCAGACGUUCAGUUAACACUGAAGAGCCGCAAAGAUUACCUGACUGGAGACAACUCUGACAUCAUCCCCACCGACACCAUUAAAAACACUGUCCACGCUCUUGCCAAACUAAAGCGAAUUAAGACCAUUGAGGGCUUUGCCCUGGAUAUCUGUGAACACUUCCUCACAUCGUUCACGCAUGUCACAAGAGUGAGGGUGAACAUUGAUGAAGUUCCCUGGAAAAGACUGGAAAAGAAUGGAAUCGAGCACACACAUGCUUUCAUCCACUGCCCCGAGGCCUUGCACUUCUGUGAGGUCGAACAACAUCUCAACAUGACUCCAGUGGUUCACAGCGGUCUGAGAGAUAUGAAGGUACUGAAGACCACUCAGUCUGGUUUCGAAGGUUUCUUGCGAGACCGCUUUACCACUCUCACAGAUGCCAAGGACCGAUUCUUCUGCACUUCUGUUUAUGCAAAGUGGCGCUACAACACCGUCAAUGUGGCAUUUGAUGCUGCAUGGAAAACUGUAAGGGACACCAUCGUUCAGAAGUUUGCUGGACCGUAUGAUCGUGGAGAAUACUCUCCAUCUGUACAGAAGACUCUGUAUGAAACACAACUCCUGGUGCUCGACGGAAUACCAGAGGUGGAAGAAAUCGAGAUAAUAAUGCCGAACCAGCAUUAUUUCAUAAUUGACAUGACAAAAUUGGGACUCUCGAAUAGGGAUGAGGUUUAUCUUCCUCUUGAUAAUCCAUCAGGAAUCAUCACAGGAACAGUGCGCAGAAAGCCACGAGCCAAACUCUGAAUAUAGAUCGAAAACCUUUAAACACUAAAGAUCUUACUUCAGUGAAAUUUUGAAGUAGAAAUAAACUUUUUAGAUAAUCUAUGCCAAAAAAGAAAAUACACUGAAUACAUUCAAAGUACUGGAUAAAUAAAAAACGAGAAGAACUGAAAUUCUGAUCUCAGCUGUCAUAGUGAUAU